UCAUCACAACAGAGACGCUCCUCCGUUAAAUCCGCUGUUCACCGGGUUAAAACGGCGCUUUUUCGCUGCUGCCAGCUCCUCGGAGGAGUUGUUCUUUGGGGCGCUAGAUGUUUGACGUUCUCGCAUCAUGGGUUCAAUGAACGGUUCCGUGUUUUUGUUAUUCUGUCUCUUACCGGGCCAGAGUCUCGCACAGCACCGGAGAUAGAGGCCUCCGCGCGCCAGCUCGAUUAACGGAGAGCCCGCGCGGAGCGACGAGACGCACGGCGGGAAUUCUGAGGCGAUUAUAUUAGACGUCAGAGACUCCGCUCGCCUGACAGGAGUCUAAAAACACCCGGUAAACGGCGUCCAACGACUGAAAGAGUCGGAACCGAAUCACCGGGGCCGGUGUUGAUGUGGGGUGAAAUGGAGACCCCAACAAUCAUGUACGAUCUGGACACCUCCGGCGGGCUGAUGGAGAAAAUCCAGACUCUCCUGGCACCGCCCAAAUCUGAGGACGGGGAGAAGAGAAGGAAACCGGACAGGAGUACCAGGAGAGCCGGCAGGGCCACCAAUCACGACACCUGCGACAGUUGCCGGGAGGGAGGAGACCUGCUAUGCUGUGACCACUGCCCCGCUGCUUUCCAUUUACAGUGCUGUAACCCGCCAUUGAGCAGAGAAAUGCUGCCACCUGGUGACUGGAUGUGUCAUCGCUGCUCUGUUCGUAAGAAGAAGAGGGAACAAAAGAAAGAGCAGAUAAAUGGUCUUCUGGACCGACAGUUGAAACAGUUGCCGUCUCCAGCCCCAGAACAGGAGUGCGGGACGCUACGUCUAGACCCUACUGUAGGUUCGGGCGGCAUUGGGCUAAGGGCCGCUGUCGCUCAGGUUCGACUCCUGGAGAGGCGACCAAGCAGCCGACCGGCGACCCCCAACUCCAACACUUCCUCCACCGACACGCCCACACCAUCGGAGCAGAACGACAUGGAAGAAGAUCUGCUGGACGUGGAAGACGAGGCACAGGGUUCUGAAACGGAGCUUUCCAACACCUCAACAACCCUUAAGAGACCUUUCGACCUCCUAAUCGCAGCUGCCAUGCAAAGGAACCCCACGCAGUUCCAGCUCCCGAACGAUUUUACAUGCACGACUGCACUUCCAGGCACUAGCAAAAGACGACGGAAAGACGAGUUGUCGGGGAGGAAUGCGAAACGGCCACAGCACGAGCUGGACCAUUGUGGACUCGUUCCACUGCCGGUUAAAGUUUGCUACACAUGCAACAGGAGCUGCAGGCUGGCUCCAUUGAUCCAGUGUGAUUACUGCCCUCUCUUGUUUCACAUGGACUGUUUGGACCCGCCUCUCACUGCCUACCCUACAGGCAGGUGGAUGUGUCCCAACCACAUCCAGCACCUGGUACUGAACCAGAGGAGCCUAACCUUUAGCAACCGCUGCCAGCUAUUCGACCAGUUUCAGGACUGCAUAUCCCAGCAUGCAGUCAAGCUAGACUUCCUGCAGCGGGUACACCGCCAGCACCCCCCAAUACGACAGCUGGGUCACGCUCAAAGCAGGAGGACUCUAAAGGUUCCGGAUGCCAUUAAGUCUCAGUACCAGAACCCACCCGUCCUGACGGCCACCGCAGGGAUCCGUGAGGGGGAACUGAUCUGUACUGGCAUUCCAGAACCGAUUGUCCCGCAACACAUAGCCAGUGAAGAUGAACAGCGUGAGUGGCUCAAAGAUGUCGUUUCGCUGCAGUGCAGCAUCAUGAGGCAUUUAUGGAAUAGGCCAACGUCUUCUUCACCCCGGGAUUCGGAACAACAUGAUGCAACGCUGUGCAAAGACUCCCAACCCACCCGCUCACAGGACACGCAAAACCUCGGGAACAAAACGGUUUGUAGCUUAUGUACAGACGGACUGUGUCAGAAUUGUCGGACCACAAACGGCCACGUAGACCGAUUAGUUCAGCCCAAUAGGAUUCAGGGUCCUGUUAAAACCCAAGAUGAAACCCCCGCUCCGCCUAACCACUCCAGCUCAGGUGCUGCCAUCAAGACUGAGGAUUCUAGUUUAAAAUCUUGUACAGCCACAGAUGUCCCUCCUCCUGCCUCUUUUAAAUCCGAGCCCACUACUCCAUCAUGUGACCAUGUGAAAAAUCCAGCCCCCUCGAAACUCUUUGUAUCGUAUGUAAGUACAGAAGCACAUGCGGUUAAGUCACUAAAAUCGACGGCAGACACCGGUUCAGGCCACCAGAGAUCGUCACCCUCUUCCUGUGAUGGCUUCAAUUCGGUUAAAGAUGUGUUUUCCUGCACAGAACUUCCUAGCGUGUCAGAACUGUCAAGCCGGUUAAAAGACACCAUGCAGGGAAACGGAGAAGUGGAACUCAGCUCAUUGGAUGAGAGGUUUAUAAAGCUCUUAGCCUGGCAGCGGAUUCAGCAGCUCUUCGAUUCAAAGUCCUCUUCCGUUCCGAGUAAUUCUCCCCUGUCUGUGUCACUUCCUCAUAAAAAACACAGCGAAGCAAAAAAUAGGGAGGUGCAGGCGAGAGCUUCACUUUGUUCUGUGUCUGGAAAGGGUGCAGCUGUUCGUAUGUGCUAUAGGAGUCUGUACAUUGGGACGGGUGCUGAUAUGGACGUGUGCCUUACAAACUACGGUCAUUGUAACUACGUUUCAGGGAAACAUGCCUGUAUUUUUUAUGAUGAGAAUACAAAGCAGUAUGAACUGCUGAACUAUAGCGAACAUGGGACGACGGUUGACAAUGUAUUAUAUUCCUGUGACUUCUCUGAGAAGACAAGCCAGAACCCAUCCAGCAACCUGCUCACCAAAGUACAGAACAUCAUUCGUCGCUGCAGGAAGAAGGAGCAGGAAGUGUCCGGGAUGGAUGUGACCUCUGUGGCAGAGGAUAGAGUUAUGAGCUGCCAGUCCCAGGAUGCUCCCAUUACCCCUUGUAACUGUAAGAACAGUGGCUCCAGUCUGAUCGGAGGCAGCGGUGCAGGAUGGGAGGGUACUGCACUCCUCCAUCACGGGAGCCACGUCAAACUUGGCUGCUUGCAGUUUAUCUUCAGCAUCACAGAGUUUGCCAACAAGCCGCCCAAAGCAGAGAUCAACACCUGCAGCCUCACUCCCGCACCUAGCCAACAGGGGGAGCAACUGAGCAAAGCUGCUACUCCACUUCAACACAACCUUGUAGCUUAAAUCCUAAAGCACCUACCUGCCUCUGCAGCAACUUGUAUAUGUUCGGUUCCCUUAUUAUUUAAUUGUUUAUACACUUGCAUGAGAUUACAUUUUUAUAUAUGUGUAAAUAUAUAUAUAUAUAUAUAUAUAAUUUCUAAAACUCUUAGCAGGUUGCACGUAGAUUUUGUGUUUAUUUCAAUAACGUGCAUUUUUAAAGGGAGACUAUCAUUAUCAUCGUCUAUGCUUGUGUAAAGAAAACAUGUUAUAUUUUGUGCCAGUAACAAUAUUUUUUUAUAUUAUCAUGCAAUUUGUUUUUUUAUCAUGAAAUUGAAGCUUUUAUUUAUGUACUCUAUCUGGAGUAUAGUCACGUCUGAGGUUCCUUUAGCUCAGCUCAUGUAAAGUCACUCAUGUAAAUAUGUAUCUAUUGAUGUGAAUAACCAGAGAUCCACGUGAUUUAAGUGCAACACGUUUGUAUUAUUUCUGUAGUGCGCCAUUGAGUUCAUGUCCAGAUUUAUAUGUGCUGUUUCAUGUGCUCUGUAAAUACAGUUUUCACCAGAUUCUCAUGUAAAGGAUGUAAAUACAAAACAGAUUUUAAAUAACAUGCUUAAGAAAUCCA